GUAUUUUCAUUGCCAAACAAAAAGAAAAUUGAGAGAAAAAAAGGCGAAAAAUGGGAAGAGUGGGAAUAGUGAAUGAAAAAUAUUUGCGAGUGAUCGAGGCAGCUCGUAGAGACCUGCGUGCUCUUAUCCAAAGCAAUAAUAAUCAGGCUGCUCCUAUCCUCCUCCGCCUUUCAUUCCAUGAUGCAGGAAACUAUGAUGCAAGAGCAAGGAAAGGAGGUGCAAAUGGUUCAGUUAGGUUCACACAAGAGUUGAACCGCCCUCCCAACAAGGGCAUGGAAAACGCUAUUAGACUUUGUGAAUCAAUCAAGAGAAAACACCCUGACAUUACAUAUGCUGACCUUUAUCAGCUUGCCGGUAUUGUUGCGGUUGAAGUAACUGGGGGUCCCACUAUUGAAUUUGUUUCAGGUCGCCCAGAUAGCGAUUUUGCCGAUGAUGAUGGACUUCCAAACCCUAAUGGAGGAGCAAAUGAUCUGAGAAAUAUAUUUUAUCGAAUGGGGUUGAAUGAUAAGGAUAUUGUGGUUCUUUCAGGAGCCCAUGCUCUGGGUGGAGCUCAUAAGGACAGAACACCAGGCUUUGAUGGAAAUUUCACCCGCAAUCCUCUCAAGUUUGAUAACUCCUAUUUUGUUGAGCUGUUAAGAGGUGAUACACCAGGAUUGGUGAAAUUUCCGACUGAUAAGGCUCUCCUAAAUGAUCCAGCCUUUCGUCCAUUCGUUGAGCUCUAUGCUAGAGAUGAAAGGGCAUUUUUCAGAGAUUAUGCAGAAUCACAUAAGAAGCUGUCGGAGUUAGGGUUUAACUAUCAAGAAUCCAACUUGGUUAAAGAUGAGAGCUCUGAGGAGGAGGAAGAGGUUGAAUGUAAUCAAUCAUAUGGAGUUGAAGAGGAAUGUUGCCCAGGACAAUAUGGAUAUGCUCGUCCUAGCUACCAUGGCGGCUGUCCUGCUUAUUAUAAUUACAACUAAUAUUAUAUAAUUGUAAUGUUGAAUUAAGCUACUGUCUGUAAUAGAACUUAUAUAUGACUUGCCUUCCUAACUACUCAACUACAUGCAAUAAAGGAAGCACAAAAAAAAAAUAUAUAUUGUAUAUCAGUACUGUUUAUCUAAUUUCUUAAUAACAACACUACAUUAUAUUGUAGACAUAUUAAA